AAUAGGCACGACUUGGUGUGGACUGAUGUGGAGUAUACUAUGGAGCCUGUUGCAACCGAUGAAUAUAUGAAUUGGUUUCGCCAAAUAACUGUGGUGUAUUUAACCAAACCUGGCGUGCAUCUUGAAGAGGGCAUCCACGAAACGGCAUCUUCUCAUAACUUCGCGGUGGAGACGCUUCACAACAUACGCCACUUUCUAAGUGGCCAAGAUAUGACAGAACAUCCGGCUUUGGAAACCAUUUCGAGGAUGGUUGACGAUGGAUUGCAGAUAUCCGGGGAGGCUGACGUGAUGGACUACCGUCCUUCCCAGCGCUCUGCAAUGGACAUGGACGUACCCGUGAGGCAAAAGGGAAAACGACGAACCAAGAAGAAAACUGCCAGCGGCGAGUCAUCAUCUCAGGUCGUAUAUGCCUCCGAUGAUGAUUUUAUGGAUCCACCUCCACCUAGAUCUGCAAUUCGAGGCUGUCAUUCUGUCAGCCACACCAGUGGUACAAGAGAAGAUAUUGGGCUCAGUGAUGCCCACGCUUUUCUACCGCGGUCGUCUGUGCGAGAUGAUUUUUUUGGCGUGGAUCUAGAGAACGCUGUUGUUCAAGAUACUCCUCCCUCUAGGAUCCCUAGAUCUACAUCUAGAAUUGGGAAGGGGAUACAGGGCCUGUUUAUGCGGAAACGGCGAGACGAAUAAACUA